AUGUUGUCUUUUUUAAAAGAUUUACCUUGUCGAAAUCCAGAAAGUUUUACAAGAUUUCGUACUCUGGGUGCUAGUCGUCAAACAUCUAUACGACCAACAUAUACCGCCAAGCUUGAUUCAAAUGCCAAAGAAAUUAUCAAUGAUCCUGUGCCUUUGCUUAUUCACCAUUUAUCUCGAUUACCAAACGAUGAAUCACGAAAACGAUCAAUAUCUGAUGAUGAAAGUGAAGUACCAUCAUCAUUAAUUGAACGAAAAAAACGUACUAAACAAAAUACUAUUAAUCAAACUUCAACAACAACAAAUACUACUCAACAGCAACUAUCAAAUUCUAUUGAUUAUGAUGAAGAAUUUUCAUAA